GGGCAGGGCCGGCCCCGCGGCGGUGGGCGCUGCUCCGUAGCAGCCUGCGGGCGCCGCGGGGUGCGGAGCGGGGCUCGCCGCGGCCCCGGCUGCGAUCGGCGCCCCCAGCUCGGGCUUUUCCCCCCCGCUUCCCGCAGCCGGGAUGGGCUGUUUCUGCGCCGUCCCGGAGGAAUUUUACUGCGAAGUUUUACUCCUGGACGAGUCGAAGCUGACCCUGACCAGCCAGCAGCAGGGCAUCAAGAAGUCAACGAAAGGGUCGGUUGUCCUGGGCUACGUAUUUCGUCACUUAAACCUAGUGGAGAUAGAUUACUUCGGACUGCGCUACUGUGACCGAAGUCAUCAAACCUACUGGCUGGAUCCUGCAAAGACCCUUGCUGAACAUAAAGAAUUGAUAAACACUGGACCACCGUAUACUCUGUAUUUUGGCAUUAAAUUCUAUGCAGAGGAUCCAUGUAAACUUAAAGAAGAAAUAACAAGGUAUCAGUUUUUCUUGCAGGUCAAGCAAGAUGUUUUACAGGGCCGUUUGCCUUGUCCAGUCAACACUGCAGCACAACUGGGAGCAUAUGUAAUUCAAUCUGAGCUGGGAGACUAUGACCCCUAUAAGCACACUGCGGGUUAUGUCUCGGAGUACCGCUUUGUUCCAGACCAGAAGGAAGAGCUGGAAGAUGCCAUAGAACGGAUACACAAAACUCUGAUGGGUCAAGUUCCUGCUGAGGCAGAAUUGAACUACUUAGGGGUGGCCAAGUCCUUGGAAAUGUAUGGAGUGGAUCUUCAUCCUGUUUAUGGUGAAAACAAAUCUGAGUAUUUUUUAGGAUUAACACCCGUAGGUGUUGUUGUCUACAAGAAUAAAAAACAAGUAGGAAAAUAUUUCUGGCCUAGAAUUACAAAAGUUCACUUCAAGGAAACACAGUUUGAACUUAGAGUCCUGGGAAAAGACUGCAAUGAAACUUCAUUCUUUUUUGAAGCACGUAACAAGGUCACAUGCAAACACCUCUGGAAAUGCUGUGUAGAACAUCAUACGUUUUUCAGAGUGCCAGAAAAUGAAUCAAAUUCUCUGUCAAGAAAAUUCAGCAAGUUUGGAUCCAUAGGUUAUAAACAUCGGUACAGGACAUCUUUGCAUAUGACCACAGACCCUUCUGUUCAGCUCCCGCGGCCAGACCAGCGCAUUGAAAGAAGUCGCAGUAAGACUUACCCCAAAAGAACACAACAGACAGGAUCUAAGAACAUGAGCCAGAUUACAACAAACGGCGAAAAUGAAGGAACGACCAAAAUUAUUGCACCUUCCCCUGUGAAAAGCUUUAAAAAGGUGAAAAAUGAAAACAGUCCAGAAACCCAAAGAAGUAAAACAAGCGCACCAUGGGAAGAAAAUGGCCCACAGAGUGGGCUGUAUAAUUCUCCCAGUGACCGCAAUAAAUCACCAAAGUUUCCCUACUCUCGACGACGGAACCCAUCGGGUGGCAGUGAGAAUGAGUCUGGACAGCCAGUCCGGAGAAGGAAAAAUCAAAACAGUGGUGAAGAUUCAGAUUUGAAGCAAAGGAGAAGGUCACGGUCUCGCUGUAACACGAGCAGUGGUAGUGAAUCCGAAAACUCCAACCGAGAGCAUCGGAAGAAGAGAAACAGAUUACGGCAAGAAAAUGACAUGGUUGACUCUGCUCCUCAGUGGGAAGCUGUGCUACGGCGACAAAAGGAGAAAAACCAGGCAGAUCCAAACUACCGGCGAUCCAGGCACAGAUCUCGAUCGAGGAGCCCAGAUGUACAAGCUAAAGAAGAACUGUGGAAACAUAUUCAGAAGGAGCUUGUUGAUCCAUCUGGCCUGUCUGAGGAGCAAUUGAAAGAAAUUCCAUACACUAAAGUGGAGACUCAAGGCGACCCGAUCCGCAUUAGGCAUUCACAUUCCCCUCGAAGCUACCGUCAGUAUCGGCGGUCCCAGUGUUCUGAUGGUGAAAGAUCUGUCCUGUCUGAAGUGAAUGCGAAAACUGAUCUGGUACCCCCACUGCCUGUUACUCGAUCUUCAGACGCUAGAGGUCCCAGCAUCCAGUUGACUCAACAGAAACAGAAUGGAUCUAAAGACAGCCUAAUAGAAGAAACAUCUCAGUUAUCCACUAACAGUGUUGAUGGAAAGCCCACCACUAGGAUCGUAAAAACUGUACAGGUGUCACGCUUCAAGGUGGAGACUUGACUGCUGUAACUGAGGAUGGUGAACGGAUUUUAUUCUUUUGGAAAUGGAGAAUUUGUGUGUGUGUGCAAGGGAAGGAACUGAAGUCAUCACGGUAGCAAUUUCUUCAGGACACUCAGAAGCGCAGCCUGCUUGCUGGGAAGGCCAAGCGAUGCUUUUAUCACUGGCGAUGUUCUAUUGGCUUGAGUCAUUGAGGAGAAGCUACCUAAUUAGACAACCAAAAAGAAAAGUCUUAGUGAAACUGAAUCAUCAGCAGUUACAUUUCCAAAAAAAUGAACAAAAAAAUUGCUGCAACAAAACAGGCCUUACGGUCUGCUCUGUAACUGAAUAGCCUUUUUCCAAAAAAAUGACUGUUAACUGACACGAUCAGGACCAGAUGCUUCAAGAGAAGCGAAAUAGUCAUAUUUUUGGCCAAUUGUGCAAUACAGUGUGAUAUGGGGAGAAUUAUCUUCAUGAUUUUAUAUGGGGAUCAACUUGUGUCCUGAGACAUAAGGACAGAUAGCUCUUACAAGGUUUAUUUUAGCCUAGCACAACAACAGAUGCUCAUCUUAAUACAAUUGUUGACUUGACCCAUUUUAGCUCAAUAGUAGUAGACUCAGUAACACACUAUAGCAGAGAGUUCUAGAGGUGAUACAGACUUACUUUCCCUUGGUAGUUUUAAGUGUUUUCAAUUUUGAGUGCCCUUUAACAUAGGGGGAUUAUUUAAUUGUACAUUCCACGCUGUAGAAAUAUAUCUUAUCACCUCACAGUAAAACACACUGGAAAAAAAAAAUGGAGAAUAUGUACUGACGGACCACAUUAAGACUGCUUCGCAAGGCACUUAAGUACUGGUUAAAUGAAACUUGUAGAGUAGCAUUUAAGACAGCUAGCAAAUAGCAUUUUUUUUUUAAACUAGAUUAGUGAAGUCUGCCUUAAUCUCUUUUCGUAUGAAAUAAUCAAUGCUAGUACUUUCCGAUACUUUUCUCUGAGCCAUUUGUUCUUUGAUAAAAUGACAAAGGCAGUAUUUCAGGUAUGAUGAUUGCAAUUUUUUUUCUAUUGUCACGGUAGGAAUAGUAAGUUUUAAUGAUGCUGCACACUGAGUGGGUUAUCUUCUAGUAUGUAUCUGAAGUGAUGCCUAGCUCUUCUCCUGUCCUCUCACGUUGUACAAGCAGCUGAAGUCAUUACUCUGCUUGCCAUUUGCCCACAGUCAGUACACGAAUAAGCCUUCUGGCAUUCCUAACUUAUUAAGAAGCUUAGUAAAAUCUUUGUGUUGUGAAAGUAACUCUUCCAAGUGUAAUCCGCAAACUAAAUAUUGAAUUUGUCAAACGGAGUUGGAAACGGCUGUCGUAGUUCGUGUGCCUUUUUGCAUCUCUCGUGCUUGAACUCGACCUUGACCACCUUCAGUGACUGGCAGUGAUCCCGUGUCUUCCACCCCCAGCAACACCAGGGGACUGCAGCCCUGACAGAAAAGCAGUACUGUUUGAGAAGUGGAGUGAGUGUAAGGCAUCUAAUUCAAGCUUUACAAGAAACAUGGGGACUACUAAGACAUAUUUUAAUUAACAAAACUGAGAAUUUAAACCUUGUAUGACGUGUUUUGUUUUAUUUUCCACUUAAUUUUUGAUUCUUUAUUGUUUCAUGACCUGAGGUGGUCAAGUAGAGGCUAUUAGCCAGGGUGGUAGCCAUACAGUUUGCAUAUUCCUAUUGCAGUAUGGAUUGGUCUGCAGGUUGGGAGAUGCUGCUCUGUGCCAGGGAAGACAGAUUCACUUCAUAGAUAUUUUUCUUUAUCACUUAUUUUGCACAAUUCCGUUUCUUCAGUCCCAGUGAACAAAUCUAAGGCAAGGAAAGAGCUCAGAACCACUCUGUGGUAAAAACUCUGUUAUCAUGGCAGUUCUUCAGUAUUUUCUGAUUUUACUGUGUAUUUCACACUAGGACAUUGUUGGGCUAGGCUUCAAGUAUUUGCUCACACUGUUCUGUAAGUCUUUUAAAUGUUUUCAUUGCCAUUGCUCCAAUUUAAAGUAAUCUUUUAGGAUCUAUUUAUGACCUUAUGUACUGUUCCCACAAGCAAACAAAGCAAAACCCCAAACUCACAAAAUACCCCAUUACUGUGGCAAAGAUUGUGGUAAUACAGAUGAAUCCAGAGCAUUACAGCCUUUUGGAAGACUACUGAAAUACGACAAACCACACAAGAAGUAGUUACAGUGUCUACAAUGAAAACCACUUAUUUCUUCAAGAAGGUGUUCUAAGCUGGAGCAUUGUGCACUUGCUUGUAAUUUGUUGCUUUCUAAAUCAUUACCAUUAGUCUGCAUUCCUUACUCAGACACAAGCAAGUAGAAUAUAUCUAUGACUUUAGGAGAAUAUGUGUUAUUAUUCGAGAAUGAUAAGUACAUAAUGUCCAUGUCUUGCCAAUCCUCAAAUAUUGAUCAAGAAGAAAAUUACUUGUAAAGUUUAUAUCCAACCUUUUUUCCCUAUAUGUUGUCAUCUGCCUGUGGUGUUUUGUGUAUGACUGCUGGAUACCGUUAGCCAAGUGUGCGGUAUUUUACUUAACCCACUACAUCAGAAAACAGGCUCACUGCUGAAAAUAAUUCUCCCCUGCAUUGCCAGCUAAUCUUAGCAGCCUGAUCCACUUGCCGGGGUGUUAUGGCCCCACUCUUGGGCACACAGGCAACUAUGUUAUGUGCUUUUGCAGCCAGAUUCUCUGGGCAGGCGCAGUGGGGCAGCCCAUACGUGUUUGCCUCUGCGGUCCUGGUUGUUUUGCUUCCAUUGCCUUAACUACCCUCACAGAGCAUUUGCAGCCAUUCACGAGUCAGUAGAAGAGUGCAGGCUAUUAUUCUCAUUUAGCAGUAUCCAGCACCAACAGGAUGGCUUUCACCUCUGCGAAUUGGCUCAAUUCACCUUGUCCAUCAGUAGCUUCUGUGGCUCAUCGUGUAGGACAGCAGCUUUCCACUUCCCGUGUUUUCCUACAAUACCACAAGAUCCAUCGGUGAACAGGGCCUAUCACUUCUUUUUUUUUUAGUUAAUUACAUGGUGGAGCCUCUUCAGCAUGCAUUCCAAAAUCUUUGCCUUCUGGCCAGUCCAUGAUCACUUCCAAGAUCACUGGGUGAUUGUGGUUCCCUAUUUGAGUCUACUGUGUGAUCAGUGCAAGCCCUUUGCUCCAUGUAGCAUCAGCUGCGUGAUGUGUAGCCCCUCUAAUUCUGAGCAUAGUAGCUACUUUCAAUGAAUGGAUUCAUGUGGUUUACAGAGGUUUGAAACUCAUCCUGUUUAUCCAUAUCCUGUAAAUAGGGAUCAGGGAUCUGCCCGGUCUGGGGAGCUGCCCACUGGAAACUGGAGCAGCAGUUUGCCUGAAAGAAACCCUAUUUGUGAUUGUUUCUCCUUGCAACUCAUGUACUCAUGACUCUAAGGUUAUAGCAGGUUUUCCAUCUGACUUCCACAUGUCCUCUCCAUGGUCAUGCAGGAAAACCCCACAGGGUAUCAUGCUAUGUGUAAUCUCUGUUGAGCAGGUUUUGCAGGGGUUCUCCUAAUGGCUGAGAUACUGGCCCAUGCGGGUGGAGAGUAGGACCUAUCCUCUAUCCAGAACAGUUUUUUAAACUUCUUUUUUUUUUUUAAUAAGGUUUUUAUUUUUUUUGGACAGUCCUUCCACAGCUGAGACACAGGCCCUUUAGGCAGGAAAAGAUACUGUCCUUGUAUUGCUACAUUUUUCCAGCCAUAUCACCCGUCAUUGGUGCUUCUUCUCCCCAAGACAUUAUUGCCAAUGAGUGGGCGUAUGACAGUGGUGCACUCCGUACAAACUUCUGCAACAUGGGUCAGGUAUGUUGUUCUUCAUCUGUAUCUGUAGGUGUCUGCGGGUCACUCAGGUCACUAUGAAAUCAGCUCCCACACAGUCAAUUCCCUCAGAUACUUGAUACCUCUCUCCAUGGCAGUCCACUUGCCUGAGUGGCACCUGAUAUCUUCCUUGUUCCUCACGCCUCACUUCCAGAGGCUAAGGGCUUGUGUGUCUCUUCCAGGCACCUUGACAAUGCCCCCUCCUCCAUCUGGGGAUCCCAGAUGCUAGGCUUCUGUACCCUCCAGGUCCAACCUAUUGGGUGCCAUUAUCCCAGCAUCCGAACAGCCAGGGGACAAGUCGCUGGCCUUCUUGAUGACUGAAGUCUUUUCCUAUGUCUCGCAGUUAACUCAGAGAUAGGGAUCAGGUUUUAGGUCUUGAUGACAGUGGUCCACCUUCGCAAGCUGUUUUUUUUAUGUACUUCUUCUUUACAGGAGCAGCUUAUAAAAGCACUGGUUGGUCAUCAGUUGCAGCUUGCCCUGACGUCUGUGUAGGCGCAAUACCUGUUGCCCGGUUUUGAGUAGUCACGGUACCUGUCAUAGAAGUUUGUGUAGCUGCAGUGAUGGUCAUGGGAGUUGGAAUAGCUGCGGUGCCUCUCAUGGGGGUUGGGGUGGCUGCAGUGCCCAUUGUGGGGGUUGCAGUAGCUGCACAGCACCCACAUCUGUACCAAUGUUUUACCCUUAGCAAGACCAAGACGUGACAUAGAUGCAGAAGACCCGACAAUAGAAGCGUGCUGGUCAGAACAUCCUAAAGGUAUUCUGAACUCUCAGGAGCUGUUGUAAUUAGCCUUAAUGAGAAGGGGAGGCUGGAAAAAAAAAAAAAAGAUGUUUUCCUCAUGGCCUGGCUUUCUAGAAUGUAACAAAAGCUGUAAUUACAAACGCAGAUGAAAAUUCUGCUUCCACUUUGCUCUAGGCGCUCCCUGCUGCCUUUGAGUAGAUACAAAAUCGGUCCUGCGACCACUAAUUUUAUCCUGCCAUAAGCUGGUGCCAAACAGGACAGCAAAGCAGUAUCUUUAAUCCAGUGCCCAGAGGUGAGACAAACUGCAUAAGUACACUAGCAAACAGUGUGUACAGCAGGUAAGGUAAAAUAGCAAGUAGCUUGGCAAGCAACUCCAAAACCAAAUAAAACAACAUUCUGAUCAGCAACACAGAUGUCCAGUCCCACAUAAUGAAUGCUUAUAACAGAUUUGUUUUAACGCACUCUGGUCAAAUCUGUUGUUAUUUCAACCCUUUGAGCCUGGACAGGGUUUAAACCCUGGACCCGCAAACCAAAAGCCUGAUGUGCUCCCAGCUGAGUUACCCAUGUACCUGGAGGGUUGGAGGAGAGGAUGAGAAGAGUAAAAAUGAGAAUACUUGUAGGUUAAGGUAAAGACAGUAUAAUAAGUAAAGCAAAAGCUGUGCACUCCAGCAAGGCAAAAGAAGGAAUUCAUUCACUGCUUCCUGUCAGCAGGCAGGUGUUGAGCUGUCUGAAGGAAAGCAGGGCUCCAUCACGCCUAACAGUUAAUUGGGAAGACAAACACCAUCACUCCAAACAUCUCCCCUUCCUUCUUCCCCCCAGAUACAUAUACUGAACCUGAUGACAAAUAGUAUCCCUUUGGUCAGUUUGGGUCAGCUGUCGCAACUGUGUCCUCUCCUAUCUUCUUGUGCACCCCAUCCUGCUUGCUGUUGGGGUGGGGUGAGAAGCAGAAAAGGCCUUGGCUGCUUGGCAAUAACUAAAACACCCCUGCAUUAUCAGUACUGUUUCCAGCACAGAUCCAAAACAGCCUCUUACCAUCUACUGUGAAGAAAACUAACUCUCUCCCAGCCAAAACCAGCACCCUAGUCUAACAGUGAUACAUUUCAAUUCUCAAUUCACAGAGAUGUUUUGUUAUCCGCCAGUUUUUGGGGUUUUUUGGGUUUUGUUUGCAUUUAUAUGAGACAUUUAUAGAGUCCUGGACUUGAAUUAGUGGUCUUAUCUCCAAUGAGACUAUGUAGGAAACAGGUUUUAGUAAGUCUAGUACUUUGUUCGGAGCACUACAAUACAGUAUUGUAUCUGCAAAAGAAAGCCUAAUCUUGACACCUAUGUUACAUAUUAACCACGUGUCAGUGCCAGAACAAGGUAAAACUUGGAGAAGGACAUUGCUCUCAGCUAACUGUACAGAAAAAGAAACUUCUUCCAUAUACAUAAGCCUCCUUCAAGCUUGUUUUCCUCGGUCAUUUGAAGGAAGUGUUCUUGUGAUCUCGUUAUUUUUUUUGUGAGGGCUACAAGUGAUCAAUCACUGGAAGCACUUUCUGUGCCACAGCUAUGCCUUCUAGCCCCAAACCAGACCUACAACAUCUGUAAACAGCUGGCCUCUUACAGCUGAGUCACACCUUACCCCUUCUACUGUUGCUACCCCUUCCUAGGUAGGUUUCUUACAGCUUUGAGACCUGGAGGCUGGAGGUCAGUCCAAACGCUUGCACCUCCUGACGAGUCAGGCCAAAGACAGGAGACGUGUGCCAGGCAAAGCUUACAUCAGGUUGGAUGCUGUGCAGACCUGUUCUCACAUGGGCACAACCUGCUAUUUUAGACAUUCGCAUCAGACAUGAGAAUGCGCAGAAUUACUGCUUCUAGUCUGUUGAAUCAAUCUCAGGCCAAAAAUUUUAACUUCGUGCCUCUGCAUUUAGCUCUUCUGAGACUUCUGUAAGUGCUAAGGAUAGGUAAGUUAUGGCAUUCUCUCACUUAUUAAUAAGCAACACCUACAACAUAGAUAUACCUCUCCGCACAACAUGUAUUUUAUUCAAUAAAGCGGGCUUGCUAACCACACCACAAAAACAUUUUUGUAUAUCCCAUAUUGGUCCCUUGCUCGUUAGCUAGUUUCUUUCAUGAGGAGCUAGUGUUGACCUGCUGUUUUCUACACUGCACUCCUUACAGUAUCCAUAACCCUGUAACUCUUCAAUUCUAAUCAAGCUCAUCGUGUUAAAGAUGUUGGUUGGGGGGGAGGAGGGGUGGGGAAAUCAUUACUGUUUAAGUUGCCAAAUCAAUCAUCUUUAUACAGGUGAAUACUGAACUGAAUAGAUAGCACAUUUUCUUUUGUGAAAGCCUGUUUAAUUCAAAGCUCCCUAGAAAGAUCUUUGAAGACAACAUACCUAAACAUAGCAAUGUGAUACGUAUCUUCUGUGUACACUGAGUAUUCAUGAAGCAACUGUGCUUUAUUUUGAGUCUGGUAGAUCACUGUGUCGAUACUUGUGUCCAGGUUAUUUAAACGUCAAGUAAAACUUGAAUUUUUAGGGAACUGCAUGGUUGCCUGUGUGUCUUAUUUAUAUUACAUGAAGGAGCAGAUUCAGA